UACUUUACUGUCACAUGAUAUUGACACUUUUAUUUCAUAUUUUAUAAUUUAAUUUUUUUAACUUGAAAUAAAUUGAAAAUUUAUAUUUAAAAAAAUGUCUACUUGGACACAGAUUCAACAACAGCUUCGUCAUCCAUCAAAUCCUGUUGUAUUUUUUGACAUUAUGAUCGGUAACACUGAAGUUGGCCGUAUGAAAAUGGAACUUUUUGCCGAUGUUGUGCCUAAAACUGCGGAAAAUUUUCGACAAUUUUGUACUGGCGAAUAUAAAAAAGAUGGUGUACCGAUCGGCUAUAAAGGAUCAUCAUUUCAUCGUAUAAUCAAAGAUUUCAUGUGUCAAGGUGGAGAUUUUGUAAAUCAUGAUGGUACAGGUUUAAUGUCAAUAUUUGGUGGCACAAAAUUUUCCGAUGAAAAUUUCAAACUUAAACAUGAUCAACCAGGUCUACUUUCAAUGGCGAACAGUGGUAAAGAUACAAAUGGAUGUCAAUUUUUUAUUACUUGCGCAAAUUGUGAUUUUCUUGAUGGAAAACAUGUAGUAUUCGGACGUGUCAUUGAUGGUAUGUUAGUGGUGAGGAAAAUUGAAAACGUACCGACAGGACCAAAUAAUAAACCAAAAAUACCAGUAAUCAUAUCUCAAUGUGGCGAAAUGUAAUCAUCCUUAUCAUUUUUGUUAUGAAAAAGAUAAAGAAGAUAAUCAUAUAAUACGAUUGUCAAUGGAUGAAUAAAGACCGAUUUUUAUUAAAAAACAA